AUGGUUGCCUACAAGGACAUCCAGAUUUCUAACGCUCUUAUUAACGAUGCAAACGCGCCCCGUGUGGCCGUCUUCGUGGGAGGAACUUCUGGCAUCGGCAAGCUCACACUCCGCGCCUUAGUCGCGACAGGUACUAGUCUGCGAAUAUAUCUCAUCGGACGCCCGAGCUCUGAAGUGCGCACUCGUACCUUCGUCCAAGAACUACAGAGCAUCAAUGCAAACGCCGAAGUCAUAUGGGUCGAAGCCGAAGUAUCACUUCUCGCGGAAGCCAAGAAAGCAUGCGAGUUGAUCAAGAGCAAGGAAUGUCACAUCGACUUGCUCUUUCUUACAACGGGAUAUGCACCUUUUGGCAUCCGCCAAGAGACCUCUGAAGGAAUAGAAAUCUCUCAAGCUCUGUCAUACUACGCACGCGUCCUUUUCAUCCUGCAUCUUCUUCCUCUCCUGAAGAAGGCUGAGAACCCGCGCGUUGUAAAUGUCCUGGGAGGCGGCCUUGAACGAACGACCAGCAUCAACGUUGACGACAUCGAUCUUAAGAAUCCUGGCAGCUUCGGCUUCACAACCGCACAGCCGCACUACCUGACCCUGAACACUGUCUUUCUGGACAAGCUUGCAACUGGGCACACCGAUGUGACAUUCAUCCAUUCCUGGCCGGGCUGGGUGAACACAGGUAACGUGUGGAGAGGCCUGGACGCGAAUCAGUCGAUUCUGUCGUGGGCCAUUUGGGCGUUCCUUGAUCCAUUGAUCCGUUUACUGUCUUUCACGGACGAGGAAGCUGGCCAGAGGCAUCUUUACAUCUGCACGAGUGCUGCGUUUGGUGGCUGCGGUGUACCGUGGUCGGGAAAAGCUGGUACAAGUACGACAGGGAGAGUGGACGAAGGCCUGUUCCUCACCAACUAUAAAUGCGAAUCUACUACGAACACUAAAGUUAUUCCCGCUCUAAGGGCAAAAGCGACGCCGAGCGUUUGGAAGCAUACGCAUGAGGUACUGAAACCUUAUAUGUGA